AUGGAAGCAUACCGCCAUGCGCAUCAGGCGCAUACCCGGACGAGCCAUCUCACCAAACUGUACUCUGAUGCGAAGAAAAGCGCCCUUACAAGUCUGCAAGUGCAGUCGACGGCAAAUGCGCAGUAUGCCUCGCUCCACCGGAAGUACCGAAUCCAAAAAGACCGCCUGAUCACAUGGGGCCUGGAGUGGAGUGAUGGCGAGAAGGGACCUGACGGCAACAUUGACGAAUCCAUUGCGAAGGCUGGUCUCACGGAAACUGUCGAAAGUGUUUUGCACAAUAUCCAGGAAGUCAUCGAAGAAUCCGAGCGGAUCAAGUCGGCCAGCUUACCCAUCACGAAACCUGGAGAGGCGUAUCCACAGCAGCCUGCAGUCUUCGACGAGGCACGGUACGAGGAUCUCCUUCGUGAUUUGACUGCUUCGAUCGACACGCUCUAUGAUCUGUCAAUAUCUCGACGGGCACUUGCUCGUGGCGAGCAUCCCACCUUCGAGCCCCACGUCUACGAAUCUCAGCCCUACGACGAGUUCCCUCCCGAGAAGCCAUCUGCGGCCAAGGCGAAACCACAACCACAACCGUCAAAAAAGAGCCUCUUCAGCAAUCUUGCGUUCAAUAGCUCUGAGACCACAUUGGUCAACCCAACCUUCAACCGACCUGCAUUGUCGCCAUAUGCAGGGCUCCCGGCCCGUAUCGAAGCUUCCGCAUUGCGUCUCCCAAACGAAGGACCGCCCCCAUAUGAAGCUAUUGGCGUGCCAUCGACGACACGAAUGGUGGCUUUGCUCACCAGGAAGAAGGUGUCCGAAAGUGUGCAGGCUGCACUUGGAAGCCCAGCACCAGAGGUACCGGUCCUGGUUGAAUAUGCCAACUUCGAUUCUACCUAUCGCGAUACUGGCGUACCUCCUCCGCUUCAGCGGUUGGAGGCUCUAGCCAACUUCUUCCAACCAAUGCGAGCAGACUCUCAGACCAAUCUCAGCUUACUCGGCUACUUUGAAGAUAUGAGCCAGCCCCGUGUUGGUCUUGUAUACGACUUGCCUUACUCUAUCCAAAACAGGCUGCAGGCUGGGAGCACACCAGAGCCAUUGGCGCCACUCAGUCUUCUGAAGCUCGUGCAGAAGGCCAACAAGGCACAGAACCAGGGCCCAGAAAUGCCGCCACCUGCCUUGGAGCAUCGUUUCCGCAUGGCUCUUCGCCUGACAGAACAGCUCCACUCUCUCCACGCCCGACAAAUAGCCCACGGAAACAUCAACAGCAGUAGCAUCAUCUUCACCACCACCGACAACGAGACUGAAGCAAAUCGUGUUGAGCAAUUAAGGAAGCCGCUAUGGGCGUCUUUCGAUCUCUUCUCCAAAUGCACCAUCGAAGGCAUUCGGCGAGCAAUUGACUUUAACAUCUACCGACAUCCUCGUGACGAGCCAAGCAGCAACCCGAACCGAGACUUCCCAACUGAUAUCAAGUAUGAUUUGUAUGGACUAGGGCUGGUACUUCUUGAGAUCGGCCUCUGGACUCCAAUUGGAGAUCUUUACAAAUCGAAGUACACUCUACCAGACUUCAAGCUAAGGCUCGAGAAGAUCUGGAUCCCUAAGCUUGCCUCAAAGGCAGGCUCUGCAUACAUGCGUGCCGUUGAGACCUGUUUGCGACUUUCUGAUGACCAGGACAACUCGCGACUGACUGUCGAAGGCAUCUACGGAAUUCUACUCCAGUUCCUGAAACGAUGUUGCCUCCUAGACGAUGUCGGCUCCUCGACUGAACUGAUACCCGCAUCAGAACUCAUAUCUACACCGAGUUCGCCAGCUCAAUCAAGUGCUGCAUCAAGAAUGCACUAUCGGCAGCCGUCAGACGUGAGCUCGCUGGCCAGGCAUCAGACUGAUCCCAGCGAGCUCCUUCGAGCCCAUCCAAUGCCUCCCCACAAGCCCAUAACCAGAAAGUCACUGCCAACGCCAGCCCCUCAGCGCCAGCCACAACUGUCGAGAGAACCCUCGAGGGCGAGUCAGAUCUCCAUGCAGCCAAGUCUCACCGAUCCCAUGACGCGCGUAACGGAAGAGCCCAGCACCCAAGCCAACCCAUCCGCAUCCUUUCAAGACUUCAAGCGCCGCAUUAGGUUCAUUCAGCAAAAAUGGAGAGAAUGCAAGGCUGUCAAAGAAGAAAGAGCAAGAGCACAGACGCACGCUCGCUCCGUGGCAGACAAUGCCGCAGAUCAACGCGUCAAGCCGAAGAGGGAAGAGUUCCCAGACGUGAAGCUACCCCAGGCCGUCCUCGACCACUGGCAACAAACCAUGUGCUUCCAACUACAGACGCUGGUUGAAAAAGCUCUCCGAGGAUCUCCAGAGACCAGCUCCAUUCGUCUCUUACCGUACGGGGAAACACGAGAGACUGCAAGACCAACACUCAUUGUUGGCUGCACGUCCACCGCCAAGGUGAAGCAUGCGCUUAAACGCCACCUUAAGUACGAUCCCAGCGUCUACGACGUUCGCGUCAAGAAGGAGGUCAUUCGACGAUGUAGGCGAUCAAGACGUGCAAGAUCAGCAUCAGCAGAAGCGUCACGAAGCAUGGCGCCGAUGCGAGAUCCCGACGUCAAGGAGGCAACCAACCCCGAUUACCAAGAGCGCCCUUUAUGCGGAGCUUCCAUUGGAGCGUUCAGGUAUGAGGAACACCUCCCGCCGGUAUCUUUUGGCGGUGUUGUCCUGGUCGAUGGCCAUCCAUAUGGGAUGAGUGUUCACCAUAUGCUCGAAGACGAAGAUGAUGGCGAACACGAUGAGGAUGACGCCGAGGGUGGUGCUGAAGAAGAUGAUGACGACGACGACACAUCCAGCCUUGGUAGUUCUGAAGGCUCAGAGGAUGAUGACAUGAGUACUGUGCGCCCGCCAUCGGCUCACUCUUCUGACGACGAACCAACUUCAAUGGACGAUACCACUGGAGAUGCACCUGGAAUCUUACCCGGUGACAUGGAAGAAAUCGCGAUCACCCAGCCUGCUCUCGACGACGCCAUCGACUGCGACCUGCACGCCGAAGAAGAGGAUGACGACGAGGAUUCUGGUAUCGACGAAGACCAUCUCCUCUCCUUCAAACUCGGCCAAGUCCACGCCUCAUCCGGUCUCAAACGCACGGCCAAAUCCCACGAAGGCGGCUUCAAAAGCAUCAGUCAGUCCCUCCCCCAAGAAAUCGACUGGGCUCUGUUCGAACUCCUCCCACCACGAGUCCACCCUUACAACGUCAUCCGAGGCGGCAUGAAACACUGCCUCGUCGGCGGCGACCGCAGCGGCAACUCCCUCCCCGUCGCCGUCAAAUCCAGCUCCGACCUCGCCUGCGCCAAAGUCCACUGCCUUGGCCGGACUAGUGGUCUCGGCAGCGGCACCGUCUCGAGCACAAUGGAACUCGUCAAGAUCCACGGUCGAAGUACCUUCUCCGCCAGCUGGACCAUCGCUGGGAACUUCGGCAUCGGCGGCGACUCCGGCGCAUGGGUCAUCUCCAACGAUGACGGCAAAGUCUGCGGACAUGUCCUCGCCUCGAGAACUGGAAGAACGUACAUCUGCCCCAUGGACCUCCUACUCGAAGAUAUCAAGACCACCCUCGGGGCGAGGGAGGUCGCGCUGCCUAUCGUGGCUGGGAAGGAGAAAGGCAGUCGCCCUUCGAGUAGCAGGAAUAGCGAGGAGAGGGUCAUGAGCGAGGCGAUUAGUCGGAUGAGGUUGCAAGAGGGGACGUCGACGGAGAGUGGUGGGGUGGCGUUGCCGAUUUCUCCUGGGCGGAGGCCGGCGAGGGCGGUGGUUCCUGUGGGUUAG